AUGGAGAGAAUAACAUGGGACUGGGGGGAAGCAUCGAUCGACAAUGAGCCGUACGACGCUGAUGAACUUCGCACGUAUUGGGGAGCAGCGUUAGUAGCGGCAGAGAGGCAUGGUUAUACGGUCCACCAACGAUAUAUGGAGCGGCCCAGAAUCCUCCGGAAAUCACUGUUCAAGGAUGUCGGACACAAAGCGAAAAAGUUUGCCUCAUGGAUAAGCUUUUACAGUGAGCCUGAAAAUGAAAGGCUACGGAAGACAGAGCAUCGAUGGAAAUUCCGUUUGGAUGUUUUCGUUCCAUGCGGCGUGGAUGGGCCAUUAACCGAAGAGCAGUUAAUUCUCGUUGUGAGGAUUGACAACCUUGAUGCACCGGAGUUCUACACUUUUGACUCAGUAGUCAACACCAUCACAGAUGUUAGCUAUAGUCGGCCACUAUUGGUCAACGUGGUUCGGGAACACGCCAAGCGUUUAACUUCAUUCCCUCACAAAUGGCCCUAUCACCUUAUUACUGAGGAUCGGCGAUUUAUGUUUUCCAGUACCAAGCUAAUGGCUCCCAAUCCGCAUAGCCCUGCUAGACCAUCUGCCUCGGAACAAAGAUCACCCCGGAGCAACACAGCAAAAACCCGUAACCAAGGGCAGAAAAAGAGAAAGAUCACAGUAGUGGAAGACUCAUCGGAUGAUGACUCCGAGUAUGGGAAUCCUGCACUGAAGCCGGAAAACCUCAACUUCGAGAUUACGUCUGCCGCUGCAGAUACUACUGUCAACAACAUCUCGCAACCCUCUACGCCAAAUGGUCAAGUCGGAAUUUGUACCAGUACAGACCUGAGCGCCAAUCCGACCGCCAACCUGACUUUGGACACUCCACAGCCCUACACUCCAAGUGGACGCGUCACUGCCACUACUUCGCGGCCUUCAAGGUCGAACAAUAUUCGUCAUUUAGACAGAGAAAGCCUCGAAUUGGAGAGUGCCAGAAAGAGAAUCAAAACUUUAGAGGCUACUAACAAGGGUCUAGAGGUCUCUAAGAAUGGUCUGGAGGCUUCAAGUAAGGGCCUGAAGGCUACAAACAAGGAGCUUGGAGUGAAAAACAAGGACCUAGAGACUUCGAACAAAGCCCUGGGGGCUUCGGCCAAGAUCUUGGAUGCUUCGAACAAGACCCUGGAGGCUUCGAACAAGGAGUUGCAGGCUGAGAAAAAGAGUUUAGGGGAGUCGAAAAAGGAUUUGGUGGCUGAGAAUAAGAGCUUGGAGUCUUUGAACAAGUGUUUUGAGGCUAAGAGCAACGGACUUGAGGAUUCGAUCAAGAGAUUGGAGGAUGAGAACAAGGGUUUGAAGGCUUCAUACAAGAGCUUGGAGGCUUCAAACAAGGGUUUGGAGGCAGUCAACAGGAUCCUGGUGUUGAAUAUCGUAGAGCUUCAGGAAAAGCUCAAGGAUGCAGAUGACAGGGUACAGGAACUAACCAGACGGUAA